GCCGCCGCCGCCGCCGCCGCCGCUGUCGGUGCUGGAGUCCGCGGCUCCGCGCAGGCGGCGCCCGCGCCUCCGCUCCCCGGCCAGCCCGCGCGCCCGUCUGCCCGCCCGCCCGCCAGGGCCGCCUCCCGCCGCUGCCGCCGCACAAUCGGCGGCGCCGCUGCUCGCCUUCCAGACCAUAGGUCCAUGAGAAGAGCAAGGGCAAGUCUGUUUGGCUUAACACCACAUUCCCAGCUCCUAGCAGUGUGUCUGACAUGUAGUAGAUGCUUGCCGUACUGCAUGAAUGAAUAAGAGCCAAAGGACUGCAAGCAUGGGACCCACCUUUAGGCAAACAAGGGAGUGGUGGGCUCAGGGAGUGAAAGAUGCCACAUAAUGGAAGAAUAAGACUCAAAGGAGGGAAGAAAGGACCACGGCUCGCUUUUGUCCCGGUGGGAGAGCCCAUUGUGAUCCCUAAGAGGGUUUGAAGGAUUGAAUUAGUCCCACUUCUUAAAGUUUUUAUUUGUUCUACCCCUUGCCACAAAACAGCACGAGAAAGAAAUCAAGGAUCUAUACCUGUCAUCGACUAGAUAACCCCAGUAGGGUCAAUAGACAGACUGAGUCCCAGGGAGAAAGCUGCCGGCAUCUGAGGGAUAAACCACUUUGAAGAGCUUUUACCUUAACGCUGACCUGGAAGACUUUGACUCCUGGUUGCAAGGUAUUUUGGACACCUUCAAUAUUUACCUUCACUUUUCUGGUCAAGCGUGAUUCAUGAAAUGGAACUAAAGCUGAAAAAUCAUCUACUUCUUUGCGAAUUUGAGACACUAUUGGGAUGGUCUUAAGCGCAUACAACUAGACUCUAACUGCAGCUAUGAGUUCAGACGAGAAGGGCAUAUCCCCUGCUCAUAAAACCUCCACUCCAACCCAUAGAAGUGCCUCCUCUUCAACAUCCUCCCAUAGGGACAGUCGGCAGAGUAUCCACGUACUGGAGAGGACUGCUUCCUCCAGCACCGAGCCCUCUGUCAGUCGGCAGUUGCUCGAACCAGAGCCGGUCCCCCUCUCCAAGGAAGCUGACAGCUGGGAAAUUAUAGAAGGGCUGAAAAUAGGCCAAACCAAUGUCCAGAGACCAGACAAACACGAAGGCUUUAUGCUGAAGAAAAGAAAAUGGCCUUUAAAAGGCUGGCACAAGCGUUUUUUUGUCCUGGAUAAUGGAAUGUUAAAGUAUUCAAAGGCACCACUUGAUAUUCAAAAGGGGAAGGUCCAUGGAAGCAUCGAUGUCGGACUCUCGGUCAUGUCAAUUAAAAAGAAAGCUCGGAGAAUAGACCUUGACACAGAAGAGCACAUCUAUCAUUUGAAGGUGAAAUCCCAGGACUGGUUUGAUGCAUGGGUCUCCAAACUGCGUCAUCAUCGAUUAUAUCGGCAGAAUGAAAUUGUCAGGUCACCAAGAGAUGCUAGUUUUCACAUAUUUCCUUCAACCUCCACAGCUGAAUCCUCACCAGCUGCUAACGUUUCUGUUGUGGAUGGAAAGGUGCCACCAAACAGCUUUCCGUGGCAGUCCCCUUUGCCAUGCAGCAACAGCCUCCCUGCAACCUGCACGACGGGCCAGAGCAAAGUGGCAGCCUGGUUACAGGACUCGGAAGAAAUGGACAGGUGUGCCGAAGACCUUGCACACUGCCAGUCAAACCUUGUGGAACUUAGCAAACUCCUGCAAAAUUUGGAAAUACUUCAGAGAACUCAGUCAGCACCUAACUUUACUGACAUGCAGGCUAACUGUGUAGAUAUUUCAAAGAAAGACAAGCGGGUCACAAGAAGAUGGAGAACAAAAAGUGUCAGCAAAGAUACAAAAAUACAACUGCAGGUCCCUUUCAGUGCUACCAUGUCACCAGUCCGCCUGCACUCCUCCAACCCCAACCUUUGUGCAGAUAUCGAAUUUCAGACUCCCCCUAGCCACCUCACCGACCCUCUGGAAAGUUCAACGGAUUAUACAAAGCUUCAGGAGGAAUUUUGUCUAAUUGCACAGAAAGUGCAUUCUCUUUUGAAGUCUGCAUUUAAUAGCAUAGCUAUAGAGAAGGAGAAGCUUAAGCAGAUGGUUUCUGAGCAGGAUCACAAUAAAGGCCACAGCACGCAGAUGGCACGGCUCCGACAGUCACUGUCUCAGAGUGAAGGAGCGAGCAAAUCCUGGGCACUCAACCAGAAUGCUGAACUAAGAAGUCGGUUGAAUAGAAUACAUUCAGAAUCUAUUAUUUGUGAUCAGGUUGUCAGUGUAAAUAUUAUCCCUAGCCCUGAUGAGGCUGGUGAGCAAAUCCAUGUCAGUCUCCCCCUGUCACAGCAGGUAGCCAACGAGAGCCGCCUCUCCAUGUCAGAGUCUGUCUCCGAGUUCUUUGAUGCCCAGGAGGUGCUGCUCUCUGCAAGCUCAUCAGAGAAUGAGGCUUCAGACGAUGAGUCUUACAUCAGUGACGUGAGUGAUAAUAUAUCUGAAGACAACACCAGUGUUGCGGACAACAUUUCUCGGCAAAUCUUGAAUGGGGAGCUCACAGGAGGAGCCUUCCGAAAUGGCCGUCGAACAUGCCUGCCAGCCCCCUGCCCCGACACCAGUAACAUUAACCUGUGGAAUAUCUUGAGGAACAACAUUGGUAAAGACUUGUCUAAAGUCUCUAUGCCUGUGGAGCUAAAUGAGCCACUCAACACCCUGCAGCAUCUCUGUGAGGAAAUCGAAUACAGUGAGCUUCUGGACAAGGCUUCAGAAACUGACGACCCCUACGAGCGCAUGGUUCUUAUUGCUGCAUUUGCAGUUUCAGGAUAUUGCUCCACCUAUUUCAGAGCAGGAAGUAAGCCAUUCAACCCUGUCCUUGGGGAGACUUACGAAUGCAUUAGAGAGGACAAGGGAUUCAGAUUUUUCUCAGAACAGGUUAGCCAUCAUCCACCCAUUUCUGCCUGUCACUGUGAAUCCAAGAAUUUUGUGUUUUGGCAAGAUAUCAGAUGGAAAAACAAGUUCUGGGGGAAGUCCAUGGAAAUCCUGCCUGUUGGAACACUGAAUGUCAUGCUUCCAAAGUAUGGAGAUUGCUAUGUGUGGAAUAAAGUCACCACGUGCAUACACAACAUUCUCAGUGGGAGGAGGUGGAUAGAGCAUUAUGGAGAAGUAACCAUUAGAAAUACCAAAAGCAGUGUUUGCAUUUGCAAACUCACAUUUGUCAAGGUGAAUUAUUGGAAUUCUAAUGUGAAUGAGGUCCAGGGGGUCAUAAUGGAUCAGGAGGGGAAGGUGGUGCACCGGCUCUUCGGGAAGUGGCAUGAAGGGCUCUACUGUGGCGUGGCCCCCUCUGCAAAGUGCAUCUGGAGACCAGGUUCCAUGCCAACCAACUAUGAGCUCUACUAUGGCUUCACGAGGUUUGCUAUCGAGCUCAAUGAGUUAGAUCCUGUCCUGAAAGAUCUCCUUCCACCGACAGAUGCCCGAUUCCGGCCAGAUCAGAGAUUUUUGGAAGAAGGAAAUUUAGAAGCUGCGGCCGCAGAGAAACAAAGAGUGGAGGAACUCCAGAGAUCUCGAAGGCGCUACAUGGAAGAAAACAACCUUGAACAUAUACCAAAAUUUUUUAAAAAAGUCAUUGAUGCCAAUCAAAGAGAAGCCUGGGUUUCUAAUGAUACCUACUGGGAGCUGCGAAAGGACCCUGGGUUUAGCAAAGUAGACAGCCCUGUUCUUUGGUAAACUGAGAAUGUAGAGCUAGCCAAACAUAUCAUGCUCUGAAUGAAUAAAUAACUAUGCACAAUUAUGUUUCCUAGAGCUCCGCGUGGUUUCUGGGUCGACUGAAAACCGACCGUUUGCUUUUCUAUUCAUCUUUAUAAUGGACUUUCAGAAGUGCAUUAGACAAGGCCCCUAACCACUUUUGGAUCCUUUCUGUUUUGCUGCAACCAUAUCCCUUAAAAAACACCCACGCCCUCCUUGAAAAGCAGAAUAAAAGGAGAAUAUCAAAUCCAAAGUCUGAAGUGUUUGUAAAGAAAACAAACUGUCACUGGUGCUUAAAGCUGAUCCAGAGAGUUUAAAGCAACAUGACAUAUAAACCACGCUUUUGGUCCUUUGUCUGGAAGCACCAUCCCCGCAUCUAGAAGCUCCUGUACCACGGCACUUGGUCAGCUCGGACUUCGAGUGUGUCCGUUUGAUGUGGUGUACUUGUGCUGACCUUGUCAAAAAAGAUGUGAUACUCCUCAGAACCCUGUUCCAUCUGUACGCCAUUGUUCAUGCCUUAAGAAAUGCAAAGAUGUACAAUAAAUCAUUUUUUAAAUGUGUGCUCAUAGGUUUAUGUGAGGGACAGUUCUUUUGAAUCACGGCAUGAUUCACUUUCUGGGCUCAGAACAAUUAUGAGACUAACGUAAGUGGAUUUUAAGAAAGUAAACUACACACGCUUUACUUUGAUAUGCUGGUGACUGUCUCCUCUCUCUGAAGGGCAAGAAGGAAAAGGUGUGCUCAGUAGAUCUCUGUAUUCACAUUGCUCGUCAAGUUCCUGUCCUGCGCCCAGAAAAUAAACCCUCUUCCGCCUAA